GGCUGAUCGUUCCUCAAUUUCAUAUACCGAGUCAAGUAAACCAGUCACUAAAAUUUAUAAAGUAUUAAAUCAUAUAAUCUCCAAAAAGGAAAUUGUUAGAGGUAAAAAAAAAAGAAUGGAGAAAAAGGAGUGGAACUUCUGGGCAGAUGAAGAAGAUGAAAUCGACAAGAAAAAGCCUUCAAUCAUAACCAUCAGAGAAGUUACCGAUAUGCUGAAACAACAUCUUAACAAGGAUGACAGGAGGCCAGUUGUUCCGCUCGGUCACGGCGACCCCUCCACCUUCUUUCGAGCUCCGGCCGCCGUUGAAGACGCCAUUGUUGAUGCAAUCAGGUCCGCCAACUUCAACUGCUACCCCCCUGCACAUGGUCUUCCUUCUGCUCGCAGAGCCAUUGCAGAGUAUGUCUCGGAGGAUCUCCCGUACAACUUGUCCCCAGAUGAUGUAUAUCUCACAGUGGGUUGUACACAAGCAAUAGAGAUCAUCAUGGAUGCGCUUGCACUCAGCACACGCAGCCCUGGGGCCAAUGUUCUGCUGCCGAAGCCAGGGUUUCCGUACCACGAAGCCCGAGCUGCGUGCAGCAACCUUCAAGUCCGUCACUACGAUCUCUUACCCGAGCAGGGUUGGGAGAUUGAUCUUGACGCUGUGGAAGGUCUCUCAGAUGAGAACACUCUCGCCAUGUUCAUCAUCAACCCUGGCAACCCUUGCGGAAGUGUGUUCACCUCCCAGCAUUUGGAGAAGGUUGGUUUGAUGGCAAGGAGGCUGGGGUUUAUUGUGGUGGCUGAUGAGGCUCAUGAGCAUUUUACGUUUGGGAGUAACCCAUUUGUGUCGAUGGGAGUGUAUGGUUCCAUUGUGCCGGUUGUGACUAUUAAUUCUAUAUCCAAGAGAUGGAGUGUGCCUGGUUGGCGCCUUGGCUGGCUUCUCACAAAUGAUCCCAAUUCCAUUCUUCAGAAAUCUGGGCUAACGAAGAAAAUUAUCGGUUGUCUCAAUGUAUCGACUGAUCCUCCAACUCCCAUUCAGGGAGCGAUUUCUGAUAUUCUUGGGAAGACAAAAAAGGAGGAGUAUUCAAAAGUUGUUGAGAUAGUAAGAGAAGCUGCUGACACUUGUUAUAAUAGAAUCAAAGAAAUACCCUUCCUUCAUUGUCCACACAAGCCCCAAGGCUCCAUAUUUAUGCUGGUUAAGCUAAAUGUGUCUUUGUUGGAUGACAUUAACGACGAUUUGGAGUUUUGUGUCAAGCUUGCCAAUGAAGAAUCGGUUAUACUUUUACCAGCAGGGUUGGCUUUGGGUAUGAAGAAUUGGGUGCGCAUUAUUUUUGCCGUUGAGCCUUCACUUCUUGAAGAUGGCCUUAUUAGACUUAAAGCCUUUUGCCACAGGCACGCCAAAAACAAAUAAGAUCCAUGGAUCUUAUUAAUUUGAAGGAUUUUAUAAUUAUAUAUGCGCGAUGAAAAUUCUGGAGGAGUUUGGAUUUAGAAAAGUAGUUGAUUAAAUAAAAUAAUUAAUCCCAUUAUCAUUUUUUUUUAUCAAAAACAAAGUUAGAAUACUUUGGUUUGAGAUGAGUGAGCUCUAUUCGGAAUUUAUCAUGUUAUUGGGCUUUAAUUGUUGGUAUGUCUUGUAAUAAAGUUUGAAAGCUAAGAAUAUUACGAUAUUUGUUGAUUUUAGUAAUUUAUACUUCAUUUGCUUGAU